UUAGUGAAACCUAUUUACCAGAAGUUCAGAGCGGUUGCAUGAAGCUGAAAGGCAGUCAGGAGGGAGAGGUGGAAGAUGCACCAGAUUUACAGCUGCGGCGACGAAAACUUAGAAGUUUUCACCACCGUGAUUUCCUCCAAAUCAUGUAGUCCUGCCCGAAGACGAGCCAAAAGUACACAGCACAUCCUGACAAAGACUGUGGUAGUUGCAUCCGAUCAUCAGCCCCACAGGACAGAGAAGCUGCAGCCCCACCAGGGUGACCUUCUCCAGGUGCUGUACAGCGAAGACGACGUGCAGGGCCUGGGCAGCUGGCAGAGGGGACCCUGUCCCACCAAGGGCACUGCCCGGCACAUGGGAAUUACUCAACGAGAGACAUCCAGAUCCUGUAAUCACAUGUUGAAUGGAAAAUCUUGGCUCCCACCAUCCCCAGUGGCCCAUGUCACCGCGAAGGCAGCGGCUGUCACAGACCCUCCCGCAGGCGACAGCUCUGCUACAGACACUCACAGGCAGCGCUGGAGGAAGACGGCAGAGUACGACCUGGCCCUGCCACCAGGAGCAGAAGCUUCCCUACCUCUGACAGGAGGCAACCUGUACGGGACGCCCAGCCUCCUGAGGAAGAUGUGGAUGAAGCACAAGAAGAAGUCAGAGUACCUGGGGGCAACAAACAGUGCCUUUGAGGCAGACUGACUAGACUCAGCAUCACUUCUUCUACGACCAAAGGUCCUUCAGGCAGGACGAGGUGCUCUAGCAUCAAUGAAGGAACAGCCAUAGAGCAGCUCAUCCAAGAAAACGAUAUCCUUUAUAUUACUUGAUGCCAUUGCCUCAAAACAGUGGGAGAAAGGCUAAUGAGGGCAAAUGGUGAGAGAAUAUGAUCCAACUCACUGGCCUUUCUUUGUUGAUCCCAAGUCUCCCACUAGUUUUACAUCCUGAAUUAAUGAUGCUGAAACUACUGCUGGCUCAUUUUACAUGUCCUGUCUGAAUCAGCUCGGACUUACAACAGCAAAAACCUAGGAAGAGUUUUGUGUAUUCCUGCAAAGAAGCAGAUUGAUUAGAGAGUGCCAUGAAGUCCCAGGGCUCUCUGCUCAUGGUGCACCACUGCUUGUCCUCUUCCGCCUCUUAAAUCAUGAGAUAAAAACCACAUCUUACGAUAUGCUUGGUUGAAUGACAGUCGUUAAACAUCUUUUUUUCUUCAGUUUUGAUGUUUCAAGACAGGAGUAAAAGAUGCAACAGUUUUAAAAGAAUGGGUGAGUCAGAACUGAGCAAGAUUGCAAACACACCUUUACCAAACUUUGCUGUGUGACAAGUGCUUGGUGUUUCAAAGUGUCCUGCUGAAUCAAACCAUGAGCAACUGGACAACCUCAAGAGAUACUUUCUUCCACAGAACCUGCUUACAUCUUAAUUGAUAGUCAGCAAAUUACCUGUGUAGUACAGGGUAGUUCACUAAGCGCACAAAAUACUAGGAAGACAGAAGAAGAUGGUGCAACUAGGCAUCUAAACAUGAGAUAUUUGCAUUUAGGAGACAUAUGCUUAUGAACUGAUGGUUUUAAUGGAAUUUGCUAAAAAAAAUGUCUCUUUUCUUUUUUUUUUCAAUUUAGUUGCUGAUCAUGGUCCCUUGGCUUUUCCUCUUGGAGGAAAAAGGUUUUCCAAAAAAGAUUUCACCAAUGUUGCAGAUAAUGUGAGUUAUGAACACACUUGCCUCAUAUGAGUGCUCCCUUGGUUAUCAUAAAAUACUUCAGUUUGCCUAAAUACAGAACUUUAAAUAUAAAAUUGGAGGAACUGUGUCUCCUGUAGCUCAUAGUCAUGAUGAUCUUCUCUAAUCUAACUGCCAGUGCCCUGAAGUAUAAAUGAAAAAUAAAGGCUGCACUUGAUGACAGAAGAAAGCAGCUCCCAUCUGAAACUUGCUGGCCUGCAGCCAGCAUAGUAAAACACACUGAGAUGCCACCAUACAGUGCCAUUGCACCAAGGUGAGGAGGCUCCAUAGCCAUGAACCAGCCAAAGGUCUGAACAGAACACUGGCAGCGUUAACAGAUGUUACAGCUCCUAACCCUCCUACCACAACCACCUUUAUCACGCUACACACCUCCCUCCCCAGCCCAUAGAAAACCUGCCAGAAGCCUUGGCCCCACACACACAUGCUAUUUUCACACAUGUAGGCAAACCUAGUAAACUACUUUCUUGCAUAGCAAUGCAUCCAUUCAAGGAUAAAGAAGAAUAGUAAUAAUCAGUUAUCUUUUUUUGUUCCCAAAGCAAAGCAAAAAUAAAUUUAAAAAAAAGCAAUAAUAAUUUAAAAAAUGAACAGAACUGAGAAAAUUCCUUUUACUGCAUUUAGGGUCAUUAGGACAGUGAGUAUUUGUGAAACCUGCCCUUGUAGUGAACUUGACCCACAUAGCACCCAACAUGCUGUCCAGGGCAGCAAGAGUUUUGUCUGUUGAGAGAGCUGUAUCUUAGUUUUUCAUGUGUUAAUUAAUAGCUUUAAGCAGUAUGAGGAUGGAGGUCAAGAAGAGAUUAUUAAUGUUUCUACCUAAUAAUUGCUGUAUCUUGAAAUGUGUAUUUAUGGUUUUCUUAUUUAUUUAAUUUAUAAUCCGGGUCUACAAGAGGAGAAGAGAUUUACAAGAAGCAUAUUUAAUUUCUCUGUAUUCCAGGAAUUUCUGUGGAGAUUUCUUGUACUGCAGUAGAUAACCUAUUUUAUUGAUUCAAAUAAAAUAUGUCCUAUUCAUAAGAAGAAAAAAUAAAGAAACAAGUAGCCAUGUGGUAA